UUGACGUUGAUAUUCGCAACUGUGUGCCGCGUGGAUUCAAUUUUUGUAAAAAUGAGUUUUAAAGUUCAACCCAAAGGCUUCGCCACCAAAUCGAUUCAUGCCGGCCAGGAUCCCGAGCAGUGGAAAAGUGCAAGUGUAAUACCGCCCAUCUCGUUGAGUACAACGUUCAAGCAGGAUGCGCCCGGAGAGCACCGAGGAUACGAAUAUUCAAGGAGUGGCAAUCCAACCCGCAACGUCUUGGAAAAGUGCAUGGCUGCCCUUGAUAAUGCAAAAUAUGGUUUGACCUUCUCCUCUGGCCUUGGCGCCACAACGGCUGUCCUAACUAUGCUUAGCAGUGGCGAUCAUAUUAUUAUGGGAGACGAUGUCUACGGUGGAACGAAUCGUUUAAUACGUCAAGUGGCCACUCGUUUGGGUAUAUCUGCAACUUUUGUCGAUCCAACCAAUUUGGAUAACAUUAAAGCUGCCUUUAAGCCAGAGACUAAGUUGGUUUGGAUUGAGUCCCCAACAAACCCACUGAUUAAGGUUACCGACAUCGAAGCGAUUUCAUCAUUGUGCCACAAAACUGGCGAUAUCAUCGUGGCUAUUGAUAACACUUUUCUAACAUCAUACUUCCAAAGACCUCUUGAACUGGGCGCUGAUCUGGUUUGCUAUUCGUUGACGAAGUAUAUGAACGGCCACACCGAUGUCGUCAUGGGUGGCAUAACAAUGAAUAGCGAAAAACUAUACAAUGACUUGAAAUUUCUGCAGAACGCUGUGGGAAUCGUUCCCUCCCCAUUUGAUUGUUAUCAAGUCAACCGUAGUUUAAAGACGCUGCCGCUGCGCAUGAGACAACACCAAGCUAAUGCUCUUGAAGUCGCAAAGUUCCUAGAGUCCCACGAAUAUGUCGAGAAAGUCUUACACCCGGCUCUGCCGUCCCAUCCACAGCAUCAGCUUGCUCUGAAGCAGACCUAUGGCUAUAGUGGUGUAUUCUCCUUUUACUUGAAAGGCGAUUUGAAGAACUCGUCUGCCUUUUUGAAAGCCCUGAAAGUGUUCACCCUAGCCGAGAGUCUGGGCGGAUACGAGAGCUUGGCUGAGCUGCCAUCUGUUAUGACCCACGCUUCGGUGCCAGCUGAAGAUCGAAAAACUUUGGGCAUUACUGAUGCCCUCGUACGCUUAUCAGUUGGCCUCGAAGACGCCGAAGAUCUGAUUGACGACCUCAAGCAAGCUCUAAAGAUAGCAGCAAGUGCUUGAACAUACUCGUAUUGUGCAAAAAUAUAAUUAAGUUUAAAGGUUCAACCAUUUUCGCAUGAGAUUUUAUUAUUUCUGUUUGAAUGUAUUAUUUAAUGGGCAUUCAAGUAAAUAAAUAUAUAUUCCACGCAAAGCACACUUUUAAUCUGAAAA